AAAACGUCUUCUUCUUCUCUCUUCCUCGCGCUUGCUCUCUCUCUCUUUUGUCAUCCUUCAUCUCAUUGUCCGUUUCAUUUAUAUUUAUAUAAUCGAACCCGAAACGUCUCUUAUUCUGUCUAUUAAACAAGUUUUUGCUCAUUCUCUAGCUCUUGUCCUUGUCUCACUGAUGAACCCAUUUCAUAUUUCUUACACAACAAAUCCGAAUUCCCGACAGACCCAUUUCAUUACCAUCUUCCAUUCGUAGGAAAAAUCUCACCUUUCGCGUCUUUUCAUCAACCAGUAUCCACAAAACCGGCAUUUCCACUCGCAAAUCUACCAAAAAAAAUCAAUACUCUAUCGGUUCGAAUAUCGAGAGUUCUUAAAAUUCAUAGACCCACGAGCUCUGAAUCGAAGUGGCUUUUAAGGAUGGAAGCAGAAACAUCUUGGACCACUUAUCCAUACAACUACAUUACCACAUAUGUUCCUGAAGCUGAAUCUUACUCUGAGCAUAGCGAUGAUGAUGAGACCAAAGUCCAAACCUUUUCAAUAGAUUCUCUUCUCCCCAACGAUUUAAUAGAGAGAAUCCUCACCUUUCUCCCCAUUGCCAGCAUCUUCAGAGCUGGCACUGUCUGCAAAAGAUGGAACGAGAUUGUAUCAUCUCAAAGAUUCUUAUGUAACUUCUCCAACAACUCUAUUUCUCAGAAGCCUUGGUACUUCAUGUUCACUAGCACAAAUGAUCCAUCCGGUUAUGCUUAUGACCCGGUUAUCAGGAAAUGGUACAGCUUUGAUCUCCCUUGCAUAGAGACUUCGAAUUGGUCUGUUGCUUCCUCUUGUGGAUUGGUUUGUUUCAUGGAUAAUGACUGUAGAAACAAGAUCUUUGUCUCAAACCCGAUAACCAAACAGUGGAGGAGGCUUCCUGAACUGCCCGGUCACAGAUCAACAGAUUACACAGCAUUGUCUACCUCUGUAAACAGAGCAAAACAGAGUUACUCUGUUUCUAUAGUGAAAUCAAAGCAAGUUCCGGAGGAUUUCUUCCAAUGGGAGCUAUCUAUUCAUCUCUACAGCUCUGAAACAAUGACUUGGACAACAUGUUUAACCGAUGUCUUAACCGGAUGGAGAGGAGGAGACGAGAGUGUGAUCAUCGACAAUGUUCUAUACUUCUUGAUAUACUCAACCGGAGUGUCUGAUCAUCGCCACGGCUUGGUUGCUUUGAACCUAUCGUCGACAUCAUCUUCUAACGGAAUCUUGAUGAGGAGUUUUAUACCGAUGCCGUGUUCUUUAACCUGUGGGAGGUUGAUGAACUUGAAGGAGAAGCUUGUGGUCGUUGGAGGGAUAGGGAAACAUGAUAGACCAGACAUCAUCAAAGGGAUUGGUGUUUGGUGUUUGAAAGGAGGAGGGAGAGAGUGGCAAGAAGUGGCGAGAAUGCCUCAGAGAUACUUCCAAGGCUUUGGUGAGUUAGAUGAUGUUUUUGCUAGUAGUGGCAGUGAUGAUUUGGUUUAUAUUCAAAGCUAUGGAUCUCCUGCGCUUUUGACUUUUGACAUGAACUUAAAGGGUUGGAAGUGGUCUCAGAAGUGUCCUGUGUCCAAGAAGUUCCCUCUUCAGCUCUUUACUGGGUUCUGCUUUGAGCCAAGACUCGAGAUUACUCCAUAGCUUUGAAAGUCUUGGCCUUUUGGGUUUGUUGGCUCUGAGAUUGAAGAAGAUUAUGAUAUUAUUGUUAUUUAUAGUUUGGUACUUUAAAAUUAUAGAUUUCUCAAAAGACCCAUAUAGUUUUAAUUUAAUCAAUCGAAUCCUUAUUAAAAUGUGGCCCACAAUAUCUCAUUGGCCUGAAACUGGAGGUUGUCUUGGUGCUGUUCCUGGUGGGCAAAACAAAAACUUUUAUCCUCUUACAAUUAUUAAUAAAAAUGAUUUUUAAGGUUUAUUCAUUGUAGAUAGCUGUAAAUUGAUUUAAGAUGUUUUGUUUUUGUACUUGAGUUGAAACUGGACCUAGUUUGGUGAUGGGAUUUGUCAGGUUUGGCAGUGUUAGGUUUUCAGGUAAUGGACAACAGCUAAAAAUUUUCUAAAGGUCACUUAUUUCAGCUUUUAAAUUUUUU